AUGGAGGGUAAUGGACUGAUGGUUAAUGGGCCUGUGGAAGAUAGUGGAGAUGCCUCCGUGGGCAUUCGGAAUGUAUAUACAGGGGAGGUCAGUGGGUUGGCAAAUGUUAGGGCAAAAAUUCGCUCUCAAGAUGAUGACAUAUCCAGCAGCUCAAGCAUGUGUUCCAAAUCACCAAAAUUACUCAAGGGGCUGGACUCAGGGAUGGGUAAGGGUGGAAGCAAAGCACCACGCAUUUCAGAAAAAGGGAAGAGCAAGAACAAAUCUCAGGGUCAAAGGGUCAAAAAUCGUAAAACUAGAGCUCAGAAAGGGGCAACACUCAGAGCUGCAGUUGCAGCUUUCUCUCUGGCUUCAGCUUCGCAUGCAGGUCCAAGUAAAGGCCAAAUUAUCCAAGAAGAUGAAGUACUAAAGAAGAUUAUUGAGCUCGAACAAUUGGAUGCUGAGAGGGUGGAGCAGAGGAAGAAAUCAAAAGCCAGGUCUGCUUGGAAGAUCUGGACAGAGCUUUUGUCAUGGUGGGGUAUUAUAUGGGUGGUUCCUCAAUCUGUGAGCCAGUUGUUGGAGCGGGAUGGAUUCAAAUUCAAAAAGUUGGAAAAGAGUAUUGGGGUGCAAUUCCAGCUGCUGUGAUAUGGAAUUUAUGGAAGGCUAGAAUUAGGUGCAAGUUUGCCGGUCGUGGUAUUAUCUGGGAAGAAAGCUGCAAUCAAGAAGAUGGAUAUGCAAGCUUCAAAGGAAUUCCUUAUUGAACUGAAAGUCUAGUCACAUGUUCAUCAUCUAAACCUGGUAGUACUCUUAUCUAUCUUGUUAGUAAAUAUAUGCACAUGCCAUUUUAUUGUAUUUGAUAUGGACUCUGCUGACAUUUAGGACCUAGAGUAAUUGGAAUUGAUUCCAUCUUUGGGAAUCCUUUUAUUUUUAAUCCGCCAGAAUUUAAUAUGAUAUUAUGGUAAUUUGAUGACCAAUAUAUUUACAUUGCGCCAUUUAGCAGUA